CUCGUGGACGACAGUCGUCUCGCAGCAUCCCCCAAACGCACUCCUUUGGUGGUGGUCUCGCUCCGACGUUCGUCAGCCUCCCAAAGUACUCACGGCUUAGCUAACCGUCAAUAUCGUUACUCUGCGUUCAGAAAAUUUCAAAUUGUACCUAACUGUAGAAUGACUCUGUUUAAUUUGAAUAAUAACGGAUCAAUCAUUAGGCGGUGUCGGCGGCGGCUGGGGAAAGUCGCAGUAGGGAUUUUCAAAAGUUACGCACCAGCGGUUGUCCUCUGGAAAUCGAUAAUGCCGGUCGGAGGAAGAGUGGCCGGCAAAGGUGUCGGCGUACACAAUUCGGGUGGAUCUAGUGACGGGCACGCGUCUGGCGGUUUCAACGAGGAAGUCAUAUGGAUCAGCAUUGGCAUGAGCAUAGCCAUAGUCAUACUGAUAACGAUAGCUCUGUGCUAUUUGGCUCGUCAGCGGUGUAAGAAGAGACAGGAGAUAAGCGUACGCACUUAACAUGGACAAAGUUUUCACUAAUGCAUCAUACACAUACUUCAUACUCAAGCAAACUACCUAUAUACAACGACCACCUACACAAAGUGUUUUACUCGGACUGCGUACACAGAGAUUAUGUAAUUUAAACGACCCCAUUCGCGUUUUUAUAGCUAACUAUUAUUAUUAUCAUUAUCAUUAUCACUAUCGUAGUCGUAUUGAAUGUGUAUCCUUAACUUAAAAUCUAUAUCCAUCAGUGACGGACGCAGGGAGAGGUUUUGGGGGUUCAAACCCUCUCCGAAAUGAAUGAAUGAUUAAUUUUAAUCACAGUUAUUCUUACUUAAGAACCUUCAAAAAUUCUAAUAUUUUCAAAGCCCCCCCAAAAUUUUUUUCUGCGUCCGCUCCUGAUAUCCAUUGUCGUAUCUUACUUUUGGCAAUGGCGUGACAAUCGUCUUAACAUCUCGCGUAAUCAUCCAGUUGAUGUUCACAAAUUGUUCACCCGUCAUACUUAAUGCACCCCCGUCAAUCUCUUCUCCAUAACACAGUCAAUUAGUCAUGACUUCAGAAUAAAUCACGUCACGCGUAGUUACGUGGCAAUUGAUAUAACCCAAGAGAACUGUCUUCGAUGCAAAUACAAGUCUCAACGCGUCACAUCCUCCCUAGUUCCAUAUAUUGAGACCCACAGACGUUUUACGACAGAAUAAUUCCAUUACGCGUCUACUAUUUGAUGCGUAUAUUAUAAUAUAAUAAUGAAUCGGUGUUAUUAUACAUUUUAAAAGACAUUAAUAAUUUAAUUUGAACUCUCGUCGUCAAGUGUUAUUAUAUAGUUGUGUUCAUUUUACAUAGGUAAAAAAAAUAUUAUAUUAUAUUAUUGUAUAAUAUUCACGUAAAAAUGUCACACACAUUUUAAAACAUAUAAUAUCGGUCAAAAUGAUUUUACGUGUAUCCGUACUUUUUUGUAGUAAUUGAUACGGCGUAUAAAUAGUAUGUAUUAUUUCAAUAGUUGUAAACUGCGCACGCUGAUUAUUAUUAUAAUAAAAUGAUGUGGGACGCGUUUCUUUUUCGAUUAUAUUGUUAUCAUAAUAUGUAUGAAAAAAAACGAAAAUCGCGUCAUCGAAAAAUUAUUAAUUGCAGGACCACCGCGACACGGUCGUUGUCAUUGUCACGUGAAAGUUCUGACGAGUACAAUAAACCACGCAAUAAUAAAAUAUUAUACUAUAUAAUAGUCGGCAUUGCCGCUGUGAAGAUUGAUUUCAUUUUUAAUUUUAUUUAUAAUAAUUCACAUUAUUCAAUCAACGAUUAUUAUUAUAUUAUUUUACUUAUUAAAAUUCUGAAAUUCUUCUCCUGUGGCGUUACUCCGCAUGGUUGUGUUUAAUAUUUAUAUAAUAAUUCUAUAAAUAUAACAACAACAAUUUAUAAUAAUAAUAUGUAUUAGCAUCACCAAAAAAUAUUAAUAAAUGUAUUAUAAUAGGAUGAUAUAGCGUCUGGUUAUAAAACAAAAAUUAAAAUUUUUUUUUCAUUUGUAUGAUGCAGAAGUAUAAGUGAAAAAAACGUUAUUUCUCCAUGUAAUCAAAUUCUAAAUAACAUUAUACUAUAUUAUACCUACUGUAAUACCCUGUAUGCUGUAUCUACGAUAGUGUAAUAUAUUGACAAAUGUGUACACUUAACAGAUAAUAAUCCAAUGAUAAUACUUAAUGUUUUUUCGACAUACAAAUCAUAUUGUAAAUUUGUAAGUCAUAAUACGCAUGUUGUGUGUACAUCGUAAAAUGUUUACCUAUUUUAUAAGGUAAUUCUUCCGCACAUUUUUUUCGAUAAUUUCAAAAUGAGUUUAAAAAAAAAAAUUGAAAAAUAUAUGUAUACUUAUGAAAAGAUAAGUUUAAUUUAUAAAAUAUAAUUUACUAGUAAUAUUAAGAUAAGAGUGGAGAACGUAUCCAAGCAUAAAAUAUUCAUAAAUCGUAUGUUAUAGUAAUACAGAAACAAUUACGUAUAAACGUAUAAUAUAUAUUUAUAACUCUAUAUACCUAUUAUAUAAUAAUAAAUACUAAGACCAAUUAAUAAUAAUGUCAUUUUUUAAAUAUUUAAUUGUGUAAUCUGUGAAACAAUAUAUUAUAUUACCUAGUGUAUUUACUAUAGACAUAACUACAUAAGACAUGUACUACUAUUGUACCAAAUAAUGUAGUGGUUUACAAUAGAAAUUAUAAAAAUAUUGUUAUAAAUUAAAUCAUAUAAUAAACCUGUA